AUGUCGAGCCGACAGCUCCGAAAGCUGCAAAAGCAACGAGAGGUUCAGGAACUCUCGGAAGAUAGCGGGGAUGAGCAGCUGUCUAUCGCGCCAAAGCCUCGAGUGAGCCUCUUUGCUGCGCUUGGUGGCGAUGAAGACGACGCGCAAGAUGAGACCGAGGAGGAGCAACAGCCUGAAGAGAUUGUGAAUGAAGAGAAGCCACCACCCGCGGCAACCAAAGGCAAAAAGAAGAACAAGAAGAAGAAGUCAAAGGCAAAGACUGCGACCCCUCAAGAAGACGAGGACGAUAUCGAUAAGGCAAUCAGAGAACUCAACAUCACAAGAUCAAAGUCUAAAAACCAGCCUAUCACAGAGGAUACAGCAGCCCAGACCAAUCGAAGGAAUAAAGUUCUCGCGAUCAACCAGUAUCACCUCAAGGUGGACAAUGAGAUGCGAAACCUUUUCGGCCGCGCCACGAUGAAGUCCGCUUCAGCGGAAGCUGAACAAGAGGGUAGAGGUCGGAACCGACAAGGUCAGGGCCAACAACCACUUGAUAUUGAAAAUUUCCUGCGAAACCCACGUAAUGCGCCAAAACUUCCAGAGGUUUCUCUGCGUCGAAACCCAUUCAUCCAAGGUCGCGAUCAUUGGCCCAAGCAGAGUGCAGGUGGACUGACCAUAGAGGAGAUCGGAAAGGCUGAGGAUGGUUCAAGCACCGAGUACGCAUAUAUGCAUGAUCAAAACUAUGAUACCCUGCAAGCUUGUUUCUUCGGAUGCGUGCAGAUCGGAGAUCCCCAGCGUAUGGUUCACCUCCUCAAAGAAGCCCCAUACCAUGUUUCGACACUGCUCCAGGUAAGCAGUAUCGUUAAAGGAGACAACAGGUCCUUCGCAUCUGAACUCUGCGAACGAGCUCUUUUCACAUUUGGUCGUGUGACCACCAAUGCCUUCCGCCAGAACAUGGAGCAAGGCAAGGCUCGCCUGGAUUUCUGUCGCCCUGAGAACAGACAGCUGUGGCUCGCAGGAUAUCAUUACAUCAAGAGUCUUGUUAGCAAAGGCACAUAUCGUACCGGUCUGGAGUGGGCGAAGCUUCUCUUCUCUUUCGACCAUCGGGAUCCUUAUGCCAUGCGCCACUUCAUUCACACGUUGGCCAUUCGUGCCCAUGAAGCCACGUGGUUGAUCGACUUUAUGGACGUACUGGAGGAGACGUCCGAUAACAGAGAUACGAUUUAUAUUAAACAGUCACUGGUGUUGGCUUACUUGCAACUGGGUGAUACUGCUCGUGCAACAGAGGAGCUUCAGAAGGGCAUGAAGCGAGUCCCUUGGCUGUACUGUGCACUAUUCCAAGCACUUGGUUUGGACACACCUCCAUCUAUCUGGGGUAUCAGUGCCGACACAGACGCUCGGGCGUUCUGGGAGAAGCUCUACAUCCACCAGGCCAAGGAUCUCUGGAACAGACCAGAGGUUACCGCGCUCCUGAAGGAGGUAGCCAAGAGCCUUGAUAAGGUUGGUACAAAUGUGCUGCCUAGUACUGAUUCUCCACCCGACCAAGGAGCCACAAGACUCGUUUUUCUCGAAGGCGAGACAUCGCUCAUGGCGCUGGCGCCACGGCAAUACCUGGAAAUGCAACCAAACUACGAAUUCGACCCCAUGCCACCCGCAGAGGAGGACAAUGUCUUCACAGGAACGGGUACAAGACUGCCUUGGGAUAACGGAGGACAUCACCUAGGACCUACACCUGAAGUCCAAGCCCGUAUGCAUCAUAUGUUUGCGCCACGUCGUGCAGGCGGCGCGGCUUUUGGUGGCCAAGGCCAAGGUGAAGGCGACAGCGACGAUGACGCUGAACGAGCCGCGAUACUAGAUGACGAGGAGUUGCGACGUGAUCUUCAGGAAGCGGCACAGUCUGGUGGAGCAACCGGAGGCUUCCUUGAGCGUUUGAUGCAAAUGCUUGGCGUAGGACCCGGGCCGACUGCUGAGAGGCAAGACGAAGCUGAUGCUGAUCAGGAAAGAGGUACAAAUACGGACACUGAGGAAGAGAAUGAACCUGAGCCUGGACAGGGGAGAGAUGCAGUGGACACGGGGAGGUAA